ACUUCACAGAGCAAAACUGCAGACCUCCAUUUAGGUCAACCUAGUCUCAUAGAAUACUAUAACAAAAUUUUUGCAAACUGACUUGAACCUGCCACAUUUUACAUUUCGUCACCAAAUCAAGGUGACAUGAACACUAGAGGCGCUACAACAACUGUGCGUUUUAUUCACUUUCACACAAAUCAUGCCAUCAACGGCUGAUAUAUGACUUUAUAAACACGUAUGUUUUAACACUUUUACUCACACAUUUACUCAUAUUUUGUUAUGAAAUAUAAACACUUUUACUAUCACGCAUCAUUUGAAAAUGAUACAUUUUAAUGCUUGUAUUACAGACCCACCUACAUUUACACACUUAUUCCAAUGUGAUUACCUUCUUCGAUAGCUCACCUGAGAGAGAGAUGGACUUUGGACUAUGUUUGGUUUAGGUGUUGUUUUAGAGUAAGGAUGUCUGUUUUGUUCACCUCUCAUUUGAUUUUAAAACUCUAUUGGUUAGGUUUAGUUUCAAGUUUUAGGUUAGAGAGGUAUGUUUUACACAUUUAAACCUCCAUCUAAUAUUCACCUUAAAAACCUCGUCUGAUUGCGACACCAUUUCACGUUUGGCGCCCCCUGCUGGAUAUUUCACUGGGGAAACUGCAGCCAAAUGUGUAAAGGCCAAAGUGUACUUGGUUGUCUGUGUUGCUAAUUGGUUCAGUAUGCAUGAUGCAAAUUUUGUCAUCAGCACAGUCUGCACGGACUGUCCGCGCACAGCCCAGAUUUUCUCAACACGGUGCCAGUCCUUGUAUGUGCACAUUGUCAGCGCAAGCGCCUGUUGUUGACUGUACUAAAAAAGAGUUGUGCGCAUGCGUUGAAAAUGCGUCGCGCAUGCGUUCAUAUUCGUUUGUGGUCAAAAGAAUCUGAUCCAGAACAUUUAGCAAAAAUGUUGCCACCCUCACGUAAUGUUCAUGAGACCAGGCUGAUUUGGGUUUAUUUUUCUCCAUUACCUUACAUCUUAUGGAGUUUUGGUUUCCUUACCACAGUCACAUUUGACUUGCUUACUGUGGGCCUAAAGAUAAAUAGCCUAAUUAUGAGGCAUGAUUUUCAAUCACGUUAUUCAUUUAAACCACACAAUGAGAACUUUAAGACAUUACAGACAAUACAGCAUAAUUUUCUAUGAAGCUGCUCUGAAACAGUGUGCAUUGUAAAAAGCCCUAUUCAAAAAAAAAUUUGACUUUUGGCUGAGAUCAAUAUAUUCCCAAUUAAUUUUUGAAAUACACAUAUAAUACAGAGUGAAAGAAAGUAUGUGUGUCCUCUAAAGAUUAUCCUAUUCUGUGUCUGAAAUCACAGAACAGAAGUGUAUUUUUUUAAUUCUUCGUGACAUUAACAAAUAGUAUGUGCUUUGUUUUACCCAUAAUAUACUCAACAACUCAAGUACACAACAUAUGUAAUCUACCCUAGUCUCAUCUGUAAAACUUAAAACAAUAGCUAAAUAAAUAAAUAGUACUAAACUUCCACAAGGCUCCUUUACUAUUUCUGAAAUGAUUAAUGGCAAACGCCAAUGGUUUUCAUCAUUGGUCAAAUAGUUAAUUGAGAUGUGGCACGUUUCAAAAAUGUGACCACGAAUGAGACUUGUGAAAUGGGUCCUGUAGAUUACCAGUAAAUAACCAUUUCAAUUUUGACACAAAGUUGUUAUCUGGACAAGAGCUGCAUGAAUAUUUUUCAAAAAUUCUUCUUUCCUGUUUUCCGCAGGGAAAAAAGCACUGACAAGAGGGUGAGUAAAUAAUGAAUAAUUUUCCUUUUUGGCCUGCACUAUUUCUUUGGGGAGUUACUCAGUGUUGUUACUGUAUGUGUGGAGGAGUAGAGCGAAUCGUACGUCAUUAUUGUGAAAGGGCUGAGUUCCCAACUUUCCAUGUAUGGGAAUUCAAUUCUGUAACACUGGGUUUUUUUCAUGGUUUUCUGAAUGAAGAAUAGACCUCUAGGUUUUGUCAAUGGUGAAAAAUAGGGACUCAUUCACAGCUUUAUCAGCACGAAAGAGGGAUGUAUAGGGAUGGGGAAUGCUGUCAUCUCAUUUGGAUAUCUUUGAACAGUUAGAGCUUUAAUAAAGUGAAGGAAAAUCUUUGGGCUAGACUGAUUCAUCACACUCUCUGUCUCUUCCGCUUAUGCAAACGCACACCCAUCAACUAUAAACACAUCUCCCACACACGCUUAAGAAGUGUAAAUCCAGAUAAGAUUGUUACCGUCUACAAAGUUUGACUUUCUCACAUACACAGAACUGUACACAUAAAGCUCCCUAAUGUCUGGUAAGGUGUCAUAUCGAGACACUGUGUGCAGGGGUCAGACGGAUGGAUCGAGUGCUCAUUUAAUAAUUUUCCCUUAUCAGUGCACAAUAUUGAAAAUGAAAAGUAAACAGUUGUUGCGGAAGUUGUCAGUGGACAGACCCCAGUGGCUAUUGAAAAGAGAGUGAAUCAACACAACAUCACAUCAGAGUGGUCUACUUUGCAUUGCGAACUGAAACGACUCUUGCCAGGCUUCUUUAUCCCGAUGACUGUAUGGAACGGCACAACCAUGCAGAAGUGUGAUUUUCACUUGUGUCUUUCUGUCUACAUCAUCACCUUCAUCACCGGCUUCCCAGCCAACAUCCUGGCCUUCUACACAUUCAGCCGCAAGGUUUGGAAGAAGCCGACCCCCAUCGACAUCCUCCUCCUCAACCUCACCAUCUCAGACCUGCUCUUCCUCAUCUUCUUACCCUUUAAGAUGCAAGAAGUGGCCAAUAAUAUGAUCUGGAGUAUAACAUACGACCUGUGUCCACUGUCUGGCUUUGUGUUCUACAUGACUAUCUACAACAGCACCUUCUUCCUGACUGCGGUAAGCGUGGAGCGCUACCUUGGAGUGGCCUUCCCCAUCCAACACUCCUUGAGGAGAAGACCAAUUUACGCCGUGCUGGCCAGCAUCUUCAUUUGGAUGUUUUCGGUUCUCCACCUGAGCAUCGUGUACAUCAUGCCCUACUACAACCCAUCUGGAAUGGCACCUGUACAACGGAACAUCUGCUAUGAUGAAUUCUCCGAUGCUCAGCUUGAGAUACUCCUACCUGUACGUCUGGAGCUAUGUGUGGUUCUCUUCUGCGUUCCUUUUCUUAUUUGCAGCUUCUGCUACAUAAACUUCAUUCGCAUACUCUUGAGGCUGCCAAAUAUUGGCCGGCGGAGGAGGUUGAGGGCAAUUGGUCUGGCUUUGGGCACACUUUUGGUGUUUGCACUUUGUUUUGGACCCUAUAAUGUCUCCCAUGUGGUUGGCUUCGUUACCAAGCAAAGCCCAAGGUGGAGGGACAAAGCCCUGCUUCUCAGCACGUUCAAUGCCUGCUUGGACCCGCUUAUUUUUUACUUCACUUCAGCAGCGGUGAGGAAUGCCCUGGGCACAAUGGCAAGGGGCAUUUGGAGCAGAUGUUGGUGCCACUGGAGUUUUAAAAAGGAACCUCCUGAAACAGAGAAAAGCAGCCUUCCAAAACCACAAGAGACAAACGCCCUUUGACAAACAAUGCUAAGAGGCACUGAAAUGCACAGAACGGGGGCUACAGGGGUGCAAGGUGCCCUUUUAAGCGGAGGUGCCUUUAAGAGUGCGGAGAUUUAAGCGUAGGUGUCUUUACUACAGCACAACCCCCCACCCCCCACACUCAACAACUAUUGAUGGCAGAUUUCUCCUCACACUCUGUCCAUGUCCAUUUGCCCCUGCCCCUGCUGUCUGUGCACGUCACUGCAAGGUGUUGUAUUUUUACACAAAUGCAUGAUUUAUUGCAGCUAAAUAAACAUUGUUAUACUUCAUGCAGAGAUGAAGAAGAGGGCAUGGAAUGUCAAAACAACACAACUCACGUGGCAAGUAUUAUCUUAGUACGAAAAGGAAAACAUUGCAGCGAAACUUGUGUGUACAUACAGAGACUGUAUUGGGUGUCGGCAAACAGAGGAUAAACUUCGUUUGAUUGCUUUUGAACGUGGAGUGCUCAUCAGCCCGAAUUAAAACCGAAGUCAGAGCUCAUUGCAUGCAGAUUCUAAAUAACAAACUUGUACCCAUCGCUCAAUACAAACAGAGGGGAGUAUGAGGGCUUCGAUCACUGGGUGACAGUAAAGGAGCCACAUUCAACUGCACUAUAAGGGUCAACAGAAGCACCAUAUGGUUUUCAAAUCUGAGAUAAAUAGUUGGCCGGGAAUUGACAGUGUGGUUGCCUUUCGGUUUGUGUACAGCACAUGUAAGACUGCAAGAUCAAAAUAUAUUAUUUCUUCAUUUUCAGAGUAAAGGAAGUGAUGAAACAUCAGUACACCACAGACAUUGACGAUGAUGGAAAUAAUGUCGAAAAAAAGACAAAGAGCUCUGUACAAUUAGGUCAGAUUUGUGUGCAACUUUUUUGGUUAAAAGGCUUUCUCCUAUCAAAGCAUAAUUUGCAGAGACACCUAUUGUAUUAGUAAGCCAUUCGUAGGUUCCCAUGAAAAGUGCAAACAUAGCAACAUUGGCUAAACCAAUGGUGAGUUUGAGACCUAAGGCAGACGGAGUAUUUGGACUACAGUAUUUGUUCGGCUUCACUUUUAAAUGCAUUAUUUGUAUGAAUGUGUAAAUAAAAUGUAAAUGAAUAUGCAUUAUUACUGAACAUUGAUGAAAACCAUGUUUUUCAAAGAUUUAUAAGAUACCGUAAGUGUCAUUAUAUAACAUGUAGUGUAUAAUAUAAUAAUGAUAGAGGACAGUACAAUAGGUUUGUUAUUUGUAUCAUUAUGGUGUCUUUCUUAUUCCUGGAUUAUGUCAUAAAAGGUUUAUAGCAUAUUUCCUCCACGUUCAUUAUAACUAUUAACUGUCUCUAUGUUAUAAACCUGACAAAUAUUUACAAAGGGUUAUUGUUUUUAACAACUUAGCCAGGAAGGUGUGUAUGAACAGGAUAUACAUCAACGUGCACGUGUAGAUAAGAUGUUUGGAUUCAUUCCUUAUAGUACAUCGUUCAGGAAACUUGUUGAUAUAAAGGGUUAUUGCAACAGUUUGAGGACCAAUCCUGUUAUCAUAAAGACUACGGUGGAAGGAAGUUUGACUCAUGAUCACAUAAACAGAAGUGGUCAGAUUUGGGUUUUGGGUGUUUCUUCAACUAUAAUGCUAUUUUAAUGUUCCAUGUUAACUUUUUUUUUUUUUUUUUACCCUUUUCCCAGACCCUGAUUUCCAUCUUAAAAUGUGAAAAUCCAUCAUAAAAAUGUUACAUUUUUAAAAUGACGAUAAUCUAAACAAAUAAACAAACAUUUUCAAUA